AUGGAUCUAGAUUUCGGUCACGACAGUGACAGUAGUGACGGCGAAGAACGGGCUUUCAGUUCUGACGAAGAAGAUGAUGAUGUUGUAAGUCUCUUGAGAAGGGCGUCGAAGUAUGGGGCUCUACCAAACACCCGAUCUUCGGCGUUCGGUAAUGAUGAAGAGGAAUCUUUCGAAGACGAAGUUGGAAAAGAAUUCGAUGCAACUUUUGCUCUGGUUGAGCAAGACGCUGGAUUGAAACGAAAAGCGCCGAAAAAAGAUCGAGGUGACCCUCUGUAUGAUCCGCUCAAGGAUGACGAUGAUCAGGCUUGGGUCGACGCAAGGCGAAGACGAUGUUUACCGCGUUCUGAACAGUCAUCUGUACACAAAAAGCUGCCCCAUAGUGAUGCUGUUCUGAAUUGCCCGUGCUGCAUGACGAUGCUGUGUCUCGACUGCCAGCGUCACGAGAAGUACAAGAAUCAGUACAGAGCUAUGUUCGUCUUCAAUUGCUCGAUCGAUUUCGAGCAAACGCUGACAGUGCCGAAGGAGCCGGAAGAGGUGAAGAAGCGCCGGAAGCGAAAAAGAAAACGGGAUGCAGUGGCGCCCUCGGAAAAUCUGCCGACGUCGGAACCUGGCCCGUCUGUUGUUGCAGAUGCAUCGGGUGAUCAGUUCCACUCUGUGAAGUGUUCGACGUGUGGGACAAAGGUUGCUGUUUACGAUUCGGACGAAGGAUCUGUGAUGGAAGCCAAUUAUUCUUUGAAUCUCAAUUUGGCCGUUUUGCCUGGAAAAGUUAGUAUUGGUUUAUUCAAUGGCGUGAAUCCCUCGCUCUGUGGAGCCACAGCAGCUGAAAAGGUGUUCAUUCACUCUCCGCAUUACAAACUGGGGAGCACGGGAGAACGUCUUUCUGCGUCUGCUGAUCGGUUGAAAGACGUAACUUUCCUCAACAUUAACCAGCCAGUUCGGGCCAUCUUGGCCGGAAAGAUUCGAAAUACCGACACGAAAGACACUAUUUUCGUGGGAACCCCCUACAAUCUGCUUGCUUACGACGUGUUCAACAAUGCAGAUGUUUUUCACAAAGAGGUUCCCGAUGGGGUCAGUGCGAUGGCCCUGGGAAACCUAGGAGACUUCGAAGACCCUCUGGUUUUUGUGGGAGGCAAUUGCGCAAUUCAGGGCUUUGAUAGUUCAGGAAAUGAUCCGUUUUGGACUGUAACCGGUGACAAUGUGUCGUCCUUGACAUUAAUGGAUUUCGAUGGAGACGGAACGAAAGAGCUGAUCGUCGGUUCAGAAGAUUUUCAGAUUCGGGCUUUUAAAAAAGACGAAAUUCUUGCAGAAAUUUUGGAAACUGAUGCUGUCAUCAAUUUGACUUCUCUGGGAGAAUCCCAGUUCGGAUACGGGUUGUCAAAUGGAACUGUGGGUAUUUAUGACCGAUCUCAGCGUUCGUGGCGCAUCAAGUCAAAGAACCAAGUAACUUGUUUAGAAGGAUUCGACAUUGAUGGAGACGGCGUUCCCGAGCUGAUUAGUGGUUGGAGCAACGGGAAAUUGGACGCCAGAAAUUCGAGAACUGGAGAAGUGAUUUUCAAAGAUCUGAUGAAAUCCUCAGUCGCCGGAAUAUGCGUUGCCGACUACCGCCUCGACGGCCGCCCGCAACUGAUUUGCACGUCGUCGUCAGGUCAAGUCAAAGGCUUUUCCCCUCACUCGGGCAAAGAUCCCAGCUCUGCUUCAUCUCUAACUGCAAACAUGGAGCAAGAAACGGUCCGAGAACUGAGUCAACACAAGCAACAGCUUCUGUUGGAGCUGAAAAACUAUCGAUCCACCAGAGCCGGGUUGGAGGCACCUUCAGCUGCGAGAGACGAAGCUGGAGUGAUACCAGCUAAUACACAGCUUCAGACUGGACUGGCAUUGAAUCUGGGGAAUGCCAAGAUAAAGCCGCAUGUUGAACUGGCGCUGGCAACGACCAACAAAACUGUUCUGCGCAGUGUACUGGUAUUUGCGGAAGGCGUUUUCGACGGAGAAAGCUUGAUAAUCCAUCCUUUGUCGUCGUCUCCGUCUGGGGCUAAUCUCGGGCUGGAGCCAAAAAGUGCCGUUCGUGUUCCGAUUUUCCCUCCACGGGACGCACCGAUUGAUCUACAUAUCAAGGCAUUGGUUGGACAGUUGAAUUCGAAAAGCUUCCACGUUUUCGAACUCACGCGACAAGUGCCCCGUUUUGGCAUGUACGCUCCUUGGCCACUUGCUUCAAAUGAUACCGGUAGAAACUGGGUCAAAUUGCGUGACCCGAGAGGAUGCGUCAAGUUCAAAAUUGCGGAAAGGAUUAAACGGGUGGCCAUGUGGUUGAGUCAGAAUUUCCUUCUGCCAGAAGAUGUGGAAGUGCCAGAUGGCGCCACGGACCUCGCAAGAAGUUUCCUUGCAUUACGUUGCUACGAUAUCUUGGAAUCUGGUGUAAUGGCAGAUUUUCCGCUGGAAAAUGAUAAGGUGGAAAAGCUCCUUAAAACAGCUGAUGAAAUGCAUUCUACGGGCUGCCGACUCAACGCGCAGAUGGCUGACCAUUCCGGGGUCAUAAAAAGUUUGAUUGUGCGUGCUGAAGAUGCCCGCAUUCUUGGUCAUUGGGAUAGCAUGAGAAAGUGGUAUAUGGAACUGAUGGGUCUCAACAGAGAGCUGAUGGCAGGACAUAAGGUGAGAUUGAACCAUCAUCAAGAGCUAACUUCGUGUCUGAAACAACUCAAUCAAAUUGUUCAGAAAUCAGCAAAACUGAGAGUUGGGAAAUUCAAGUCGGACGUGGUGAAUGGUUGCCGAGAAGCGAUCAAAUCGAACAAUGUGAAGUCCUUUGUUAAAGAUUGGUUCACUCCUUUUCUUCCACUAUUUUUUUCUGUCGACCACCGAACAACGAUGAAGUUUCUCACCGCGGAACAGCUUGCCGGUUUCGAAAGUUAUAAAUACAGCGCUCUUGACACGAACCCUUUGAGCGUGUAUGUGAUUCAUCCCUUUUGGAACUGCGUGGUAGAACUACUCCCACAAUGGGUGGCACCCAAUUUAUUAACACUAUCUGGAUUUCUCUGCGUCAUGGGGAACUUCUUAUUGUUGAGUUAUUUUGACAAUGACUUCUUCGCUUCGAGUGACGACCAUCCGCAAUUUCCACCGGUUCCGAAGUGGAUAUGGUUAAUAGUGGCUAUCAACGUUUUCUUAGCCCACACUCUUGAUGGUAUCGACGGUAAGCAAGCGAGAAGAACAAAAACCAGUGGACCCUUAGGAGAAUUAUUUGACCAUGGACUGGAUUCAUGGACAACGGUAUUCAUCCCGACCUGUCUCUACUCCGUCUUCGGACGCAGUGACUUCAGCAUUUCGCCAUGGAGGAUGUAUUUUUGCUUGUGGAACGUGUUUGCGUGCUUCUUUCUUUCCCAUUGGGAGAAGUACAAUACAGGCUGUUUGUUUCUUCCCUGGGGUUACGACUACUCUAUGGUGUCAUCCAUGAUCGUCUUCUUUUUAACCUUUGUGGCCGGACACGGGAUUUGGAAAUUCGAAGUUCCGAUUGCUGGUCAAGCAGUUCCAGCCGGUGGGCUAUUUGAACUGUUGAUGUAUGUGGGUUCCCUGGGGCUGACGUUGCCCAUGGCCCUGUGGAACUGUCGACUCAUUGUUCAUCAAAUGUGUGGGACGAGGUGCAACACGUUCAACAUAACGCUUGUGCCCUUGAUGCUGGGAGCAUUUGUUGUUGCACUUGUGCCUCAGUCCGUAGAGAUUGAGUACGUUAUGUUGCAGCUAACUGCCGCCGUUGUUACGCUGUAUCACCUGUUCUACGGCGUCUGUGUCGUAAGUGCGUCAAAUGUGCAAUCAUUUCAACAUCAUGGCAUUCCGUAUAAAAAAGAAAGAGGAUUGACUAUUGGCCGACAAUGCCUAAAGAAGAAGCAUCCCAGGAAGACGGGGGGAAAACUGGGAGCGACGCAAAAGGACGUCGUCAUAUUCGACUUUCGGUUUAUGGCUGAAGUCUUCAAUGUGAAGAAAAUGAGUGAAAAAAGUGACAAGCAAGCGGAUUUCCGUAUUUUAAUCGCUACGGAUAAUCAUCUUGGAGCAUGGGAGUCACAUCCUCGUCUGCACACGGAUUCCUUCAAUACAUUUGAGGAAAUCCUUGUCAUUGGCAAACGGGAGAAAGUGGAUUUUCUUCUGCUCGGAGGCGAUCUUUUCCAUGAGAAUAGGCCUUCGAAACGGACUAUGGUGAAUUGCAUGAAUGCUUUGGCGCGUUAUUGUCGAGGCGAUGCGCCAAUUUAUAUGAAACUCAUAAGCGAUGCCUCGGAAAAUUUCAAGGGAGCUGUGAAUCCCAUUCCGAAUUGGGAAGACCCGAAUCUAAACAUUUCUUUGCCAAUUUUUUCUAUUCAUGGAAAUCACGACGAUCCAACUGGUCUUGAUUCCUACUGUGCUUUGGAUGAACUUGGUGCUGCUGGCCUGAUCAACUACAUAGGAAGAGUUUGCGACUUCAAUCGUGAAAUCGUCUUAUCUCCGGUGUUGCUGAAAAAGGGAAAUACGACGAUAGCUUUGUACGGGAUGUCCGCAAUGCGGGACGAACGAGUGCGGAUUAUCCGUCAUUCCGAGCCGACGUUCAACAUCCUCGUGUUGCAUCAGAAUCGAGUGAAGCACACCGAAGCCCGAUACAUGCCGGAAACAUUCUUGGACUUCCGGGAUGGCGACAACCCGUUUUUCCACCUCGUCGUGUGGGGACACGAGCACGAGUGUAAAUUGUCUGUGGAAACGGCCGUCAACGACGCCUACUACAUUCUGCAGCCCGGAAGUUCCGUCCCGACGUCGUUUUGCCCCGGGGAAGCCGUGGAGAAACGGGUUUUCGUGCUGAGCGUGUCUGGACAGGAUUUCAAUGUGACGCAUCGCAGACUGCAGACCGUGAGACCCAUGAUUCACAAAACGCUUGUUCAAAAAGACCUUUAUGACGAAACGGACCUAGAUAUGGAUCAGGCAAGGAAGGAAGUUGAGGCCAAUUUGAAGAAAGCCAUUGAAAAAGCAUUGGAGGAUGCACAGGCACUUCUCACUGGGCAUUCCAAGCAGCCGACAAUGCCAGUGAUUCGAUUCAAUAUCGAAUACGAAGAGAACUUUCUUUUUGAUCCGAUACGUUUCGGUUUCCUGUUUUCCGAGGAAGUGGCCAAUUUCGACUCCAUGAUUCUCAUAAAGAAAGUUUCGAAGAAGUCUCGAUUCCGGGAUCCUCGUGGGACCACCGAAAAAAUCAGGAUGGAUUAUCGAGAUUACACUGAAUACGGCCCCGAAUUGCUGGAAGAGUUGGUCGAGGAAGUUUUCAAGAAGGCACCGGAAAAGUUUCAGCUUCGGUUCAUCGAUUCCCGACUCAUGACUCGUGCUUUCAAUUCCUACUUGCUGAGAGAAGACGAGUCGAUGGGCGAUUACGUUCAGAGCGAGAGAAAGUUUUCGCUAGACUUCUUUGAGAAGUUGAAGAUAUCACCUGAUAUCGGAGAAGAGAAGAUUCGGGAAUACUUGGAUGAGUUCAGGGCCAAGAGGAAAAUUGAGGUUCAAGCGGAGUGCACCAAACUGAAGGAGGCUGGUCCGAGUGCUCCCGUUGCCGGUGAGGAAGACGGUGAAUUCACCACGACUACUGCUGGAAACAAUCGCACCAACGAUGACGUGUCCGUCCUCAACUCGGAUACGGACGAAGACGACGACGGAGAUGAGGCUUUUAACGUUCGACGACGUCCCGCAGCUGCUGGUCGACAAAAAAGGCAACCUGCUGCCAGGGGCUCGACCAGAGGCCGGGGACGAGGCGCGGCCCGGAAGCAGUGUGAAAUCCUGUAG